CUUGUCCUGAAACACCUGGCUGGAGCGGAUCCCGAACUGGUGCUGCUCAACUUUAAGUAUGAAGAGUUGCAGAGAAUUCCAUUGGCUGAAAUGUCCCGGGAAGAGAUCAACCGGCUGGUGAAAGAGUUGGGGUUCUACCGGAAGGAGACGCGCGACUCACCUGUUCCGGAAGAGUUCCAGCUUGCCCCCGCGAAGCCUCUGCCUGCCUCAGAAGAAUCCCAGAGAGAACAGGCGGCAGAGAGGAAAGGGGCGAAGGGCAGCGAACUGUAAAUCUGGGUGCCUUUGAAAACUGCAGGGGUUGUGUGUGUCGGCAAGG